AUGAUGGAACAAUUGAAUGAUUUACCACUUUUACCUAUCGAAAUAAUUCAUAAAAUCAUCAAUAAUUUAAUCACAAUUCCUAAUUCACAAUAUCCUUUUCAAUAUAAUCAUAUCAAUUAUUUAUUAAAUCUUCCAAUAAUAAACACUUAUAUAGCAGAAUUUAUUUAUCCGAUAUUAGAAAUUGAUUCAAAAAGUUAUUUUAGAAAAUCAUAUAAGUUGAAUAAUAGCGAUAAUGAAAAUAAAGAAAUUACAAAAAAAUUUAGAUCAACUUAUCAAUUAAUUCGAUUUUUGAAAAAAUUAAAAUAUAUACCUAAUAAAAUUAAUUGUAAUUUAAAAGAAGCAUUGGAACUUGUUGAAUCAGAUUUGUUUCAGCGUGAUACUACGUUAUUAAAUAAAAUUAAAUUCGAAAUAUCAAUUGAUGAAAAUGAUGAUUUGGAAUCAAUUCGUCGAUUUAUAAAGUUCACACCUAAUGCGUAUAAGUUGAAUUUGAUAGGAGAAACAAAGUUUGAUCAAGAGCUAUUGAUCAAUCUUAGUCAUCUAGAUUUGUGUUACGAUUGCAACUACUGGCUAGAGUUACCAUCAACUUUACAAAGUCUUACUAUCUUCAAUUCUACUUUUCAUAAAUAUCAAGCACCCAAUAACCUAAUCAAAAUAAAAUUAAUCAAUACAAACCCAAAUAUAAUCCACCUACCAACAACAAUUAAAGAAAUCCAAAUAGAAGAAUUAAAGGUAAAUAUACAAAACAUACAAUUAUCUCAAUAUCACUUCCUAAAGCUGUUCUCAUACAAAGGUAAUUUAGAUUCUAAAAGAAUUUUACAAUUAUCAAAAUUUGAAAUACCUUAUACAAUAGAAAAUUUAUCAAUUCAAUGUUCAAACAUAUAUGGAUUAGAUAAUAUCUUAAAAUAUGAAAAAUUGAAAAAAUUAAAAAUAAUAGAUUGUCCUAAUUUAUCAUUAUUUUUCAAAUAUAAAUUCCCAGAUAAUUUAGAAGAAUUGGAAUUUAGUUUUAUAAAUUGUCAAUUAAUUAUACCAAGAGAAAAUUUCUUUAUAUCUGAUUUUUUAAUACCUAAUGAUUUUUCACCAUUACAAACUUUUCAAGAUAGAUCAGGUAAUUAUUUAUUAGUUGAUAAAGAUUUUAAAUUACCUUUACUGUUAAAAAAAUUAAUUUUAAAAAAUUUAAGUUAUGUUUGUUUAGGUAUUGAAUUAUAUUUACCAAAUUUAAAAGAAUUAUAUUUAAAAAAUUUAUCAAAUUAUAAAAUUGAAAAAAUUUUGUAUAAUAGUCAUCAUAAUUUACCUAAGUUAAAUAAAUUAACUAUAUCAAAUUGUGGAAUUGAUGAAAUUAGAGAUGUUAAAUUCCCUCCAAAUUUAACAUUUUUGGAUUUAUCUCAAAAUAGAAUUAAAUUAAUUAAAGAUACAAAUUUGAAACAAUUACGGAAUUUAAAAAUUAUUUCAUUUUUUAAACAUUCUUUUUCAACAAAUAAUGAUUUUGAAAUUCCAACUGUUUUAAAUGAAUUAGAUUUAAGUUUUAGUUUUAUGAGAGAAUUUAAUUUUCAAAAUUAUCAAAAUUUGUUUAAUUUAAAUAUAAAUAUAAAAAAUGAUUUUAAUUGGAAAGAUUUACCACCAAAUUUACAAUUUAUUAAUAUAAUUUUUCAAGGUUCAAAAAUAAAUGGUAGUUUAUCAACUUAUAAAAAUUUAAAAUCAAUUGAAAUAAUAUCAUGGUUUAAAAGAUGUGAAUUUGAUAAAAAUUGUUUUUCAAAAUUUGAAGAAUUAAAAAGUUUACAUAAUUUAUCAUUACUGGGAGUUAAUUUAAAUAAUAUUGAUCUCAAACUACCUUCAAAUUUAAGAAAUUUAAAUAUUAUACAUUCAAUAAAUGAUAAAAAUCAUAAUUCAUUUAAUUUAAAAGAUUGUCAAUUGUUAGAAUCAAUUAAAUUAUCAAAUUUAAAUUUCAUUAAUGAAUUUAAUUUUAAUGACCUACCAAUAACUUUAGAAAAAUUAGAAUUAAUUAAUAUUCAAUUUAAUGAAAUUUCAGGUAAUUUAAAUCACUUGUUAAAUUUACAAUUAUUAAAUUUAACUAAUUCAUUUAAUGAAACACUACAACUUCGUUUAAAUUUCCCCAAAUCAUUAAAUAUUUUAAUUUUAAAUUUUAAUCAAUUAGAUUAUAUUUAUAUUUUAAAUAAAAUUAUAAAUUGUCCAAAUUUAGAAAGUUUACAUUUAAUAAGAAGUUCAAUAAUUUCAAAAUCUUUUCAUAAUCUUACCCCCCUAGAAAAACAACAAUAUAGUAUAAAUCAAUUUGAAUCAUUCACCAAAGAAAAAUAUUUUAAUGAAUUUGGUAUAACUAAAGAAAUUAAAUUACUUAAUAAUAUUUUUAAAUUAACUUAUUUAUCAACUCCUUUAAAUUUUUUUAUUUAUGAUAUUUUAAAAAAUUGUAAAAAAUUAAAAGAUAUUUAUCUUGUUGAUACUAUUGCUAAUUUAUUACAAAGUGGAUUUAAUAAUGAUAUAAUUAAAGGUGAAUAUCAAUAG